ACGUGAUUAGUUUCCUCACAUCGGUAGUGAGUAUCAGCGAGUCAUGACAGGAUUUAAAAUGUUGACAAUCUUCACAUUUAUUUCAACCAUAUGCCUUGUUGCCACGGCCGACGUUUGUCCGUGUGGGAGCCCGGAUCUUUGUCAUCAGAUUCGACAGGAAAGAGAUUUUGAGGUGUUUGUGUUUGAUGUGGGUCGAAAAGCAUGGCAAUCUUAUGACUGGAGCAUUGUGACAACAGUGGCAGCUUUUGGGAAAUAUGACCCUGAACUCAUGUGUUAUGCACAUUCCAAAGGCGCACGAGUUGUGCUCAAAGGUGACGUUUUCCUCCCAUAUAUUGUGGACCCGGGGAACAGAACGGCCUGGAUCACAGAGAAGGUGAACCUGGCCAAGACUCAGUUCCUGGAUGGAAUCAACAUAGACAUUGAGCAUGCAGUGGAGGCCGGUUCUGCGGAGUACCAUGCUCUCACAGGCCUGGUGAAGGAAAGCACAGAGGCCUUCCACAGGGAGAUCCCUGGUUCACAGGUCUCAUUUGAUGUCGCAUGGUCACCGAACUGCAUAGACAAGCGUUGCUAUGACUACGUUACUAUUGCUGAGUCCUGUGACCUGCUGUUUGUGAUGUCCUACGACGAGCAGAGUCAGAUCCCGGGGGACUGUAUUGCAAUGGCCAACGCCCCAGUGACUCAAACCCUUAAAGGUUACUACCAAUAUUUGGAUCUAGAGAUAGAUCCCAAAAAACUAGUGAUGGGAGUACCGUGGUACGGUUAUGAUUACUCAUGCCUCAACCUGUCUAAGGACGGCGUGUGCUCCAUAGAGAAGAUCCCGUUCCGUGGAGCCCCCUGCAGUGACGCAGCGGGUAAACAGAAGACCUACAGCUGGAUCAUGAAGCAGGUCAACAGCUCCAUGACCGGCCGACUGUGGGACCAGGGGCAGCAAGCUCCGUACUUUAACUACGAGGAUCAUGAAGGACAGAUCCACCAGGUAUGGUAUGAUGAUCCGGAGAGCAUCUGCCUCAAGGCAAGCUUGGUGAAAAGCAUAGGGCUGAGGGGUAUUGGCGUGUGGAACGGCAAUCUCCUCAACUACAUUGACGAGGCUGCCAAGCAACAGACAACAAUGAUGUGGAAUGCUCUUGUGCAAUGCUAAAUGGGCCAAAUUUACACCUGCCUUGAUUCUCCUGACAUGUUGCCAAGUCAGUAUAAUCUUUUGUGAGGUUGCGAUGCCCAGGUUUUUUUUUUUCAGGAAUAUAUGUUUGUACUUCAAAGUUUAUUCUGCUUUAUUGCUGUUUUGGAUCGCAGUAUUUCAAGUCGGGUGUCCCACUUGAAUCAGCCACUUGUAAAUGCAAAAACAAAGCUUUUAAAUAGAAAAAUAUGUUUCAACAAGUAUUUGCCUCAUACUGAAUUAUUAAAGAAGAAGUUUUGCUGAUGAAAAAAGUUGUUUCAUGAAUGAUGUAAUGAAACUUAACAUUUUGAACACCUUUCACAAUUAAUAUUUAAAAUGAUAAGAUACAAUAUCAAACAUUACUAGCAAAUACUAGGACCACAUCAAAAUAUAAGCGUGUGUAAAGUUAAAUAUAACUUGAUAUCAAAUCUAGUACACAAUGCAUAUUCAAAUAACAAAUUGUUUAAGAAAGAUACACCGGCUUAUUUUCACACAGAAUUUGACAUCCCACUCAUUUUUUUCUGUGCACCAAAAAUGUGUAGAAUUCCAAACCUAAACAUUGAAUUAGCAUCCAGCUUUCUGGGCGUAUGGUCUGUUCCGUGGGAUUGGCCCAAAAGGUUGUGAGUUCAUAGGUCCAGUGUGAAUCGAUUGGCUCUUUUUCUGAGCCAGCUCAGCCUUCAGCGCCCUUAGCUCGGUAGCAGCCUGCUUCCUUAACUAGAGAGAGCCAGACAGGAGCGAUGUCAACCACUUUGUUUGUUUGAUAUCACUGUCAUUCAUAAUUAGUGCCUAAUUCAUCAAGGGUGUAUUUAUAUGCAGUCACGAAAACAAUUCUCUAACUUUUCAAUGCAACAUCUAUUUGUUGUAUUUUUAUACAAAGGUUUUCCCUUUUUUGCGGAUUCAAUGCAUAUCUCAUACUAUUGGGUGUAGAUAUAUAUAUGAUGAAUGAAAAUAAACAAUAAUCAUGUACCCUUA